CCGGGGUUGCCUUUUCCUUAGAAGGCGAAGCCCCAAACCUCGCCUCUCCCCAGCGGAGAGUCACCCCGCGCCCCCCGACGGCGCCGCCGGGGCCCCAGGAGUGCGCGAGGAGCCCGCGCGCUUCGAGGUGCAGCCGGGCUCAGACGCACACGGGGCGCGCGUCCUCGUGGAUUUGCAUGGAAGGAUCGAGAUCGGCGGAGACGGCGGCGAGCAGACUCUGAAGCCAGAACUCCUUCCCGGCCCCUGUGCCCGCGACAUGCGGCGGGAGAGGUGCGGCGCCCCUCGCCCGCGUCCCCGCCAUGGAGGUGCUGCGGCGGUCCUCGGUUUUCGCCGCGGAGAUCAUGGACGCCUUGGACCGCUCGCCCACCGACAAGGAGCUGGUGGCUCAGGCUAAGGCGCUCGGCCGGGAGUUCGUGCACGCGCGGCUGCUGCGCGCCGGCCUGGUCUGGAGCGCGCCGGAGCGCGUCCCGCCCGCCCCGGGCGGCCGCCUGGCAGAGGUGUGCACCGUGCUGCUGCGCUUGGGGGACGAGCUGGAGCUGAUUCGGCCCAGCAUCUACCGCAACGUGGCCCGCCAGCUGAGCCUCUCCCUGCAGUCUGAGAGCGUGGUGACGGAGGCCUUUCUGGCCGUGGCCGCCCAGAUCUUCGUUGCAGGCAUCACGUGGGGCAAGGUGGUGUCCCUGUACUUGGUGGCCGCGGGGCUGGCCGCGGACUGUGUGCGGCAGGCGCAGCCGGCCUUGGUCCACGCCCUGGUCGACUGCCUGGGGGAGUUCGUGCGCAAGACCCUGGCGGCCUGGCUGCGCAAGCAGGGCGGAUGGACCGACGUCCUCAAGUGCGUGGUCAGCAGCGAACCCGGCUUCUGCUCCCAUUGGCUCGUGGCGGCGCUCUGCGGCUUCGGCCGCUUCCUGAAGGCCGCCUUCUUCGUGCUGCUGUCGGACAGAUGAGCCCCGGCCCGGACCCCCGGCCCUCGGCUGAAGCACCGCCCUCCUCGCCCCGAGUCCCUUCUCCUGUGCUCACCCCGGCCCUCAGGAAUGCCUGGGGCUGGCCUGCAGCACCCCCCUGUGGUCCCGCCCCGCGCACCCCACAAGGUCAGGGUCGCCUCCCAGGCCCGAAGGAAGGCAGUCAGGAGCACCAGGCCUCUGCUGGAUGCCGGGGUCCCGUCCACAAAGGGGGGCCACGUCGGGACCUGAGCCAGGAGGUGGCUGGGCCUGGCCGAGGCCAGAGGAGCCGAGAGGCCUCGCUGGCAGCACAGACGCUGUUGCUGGGACCGUGUCCGCGCCUGUGGCCGUGUCCUGGGCAGCACCUGGACCUGGGAGGGCACCGGCCCUGACCAGCAAGGACAGGCUGUGUGUGUUUGAGUCCAAUAAAGUGCCACAGCCACGGAGGGCGCCCGACCACCGGCAUUCCGGUGCCGCUGCCGGGACCGGACCGGAGGUGAGCACGUCCGUCCUUGUCUGCCCUCAGCUCCCCGGGGCCACGGGGGCCACGGCGGCCGCGCACACUUACACCCCAGGCGCGCACACUCGCACACGCAGGCACACGUGAGAGAGAGCCGGGUGCCCGUCCGUCCCGGCCACUCCUGUCCCUCUGCUCGGCCACCACGGCCCGUUUCCUGCCCAUGGGCUGCCCCUCGGCCCCCAGCCCAACUCUGGCUGUCCCCGUCGGGGCCUGUCCCUGCCGCCCCUCCGACUCCAGCUCAGGCCACGGGCACACGGCCCAGAGGGCUGUGACGUGGCCUCAGCCCCCCUGUCUGUGUGAGGCAGGGCCGAGCCCUGCCCCCCAGGCAGCUGCUGGGUAUAAGCGAGGGUCCUGAUGGUUCAGCUCCCCCCCCCACCCACUCCUGGCCCCACAGGGGUCCUCUCAGCCUCUGCCGGUCGCCCCCCCCCAGGGGCCUCAGUGCCAGGGGUGGUGGGCGGGGAGGUGGAAGAGAGGGGAGAAAGGGGCAGAGAGGGAGGGCAGCCCAUCCUCUCGGAUCAAACGCUUGGGUACUUCCAGCACCAAGAGGGACGUGUCCGACCCCAGAACACCCUGGAGAGCCUCGGGGUGUGAGCGUGAGCAUGAGCGUGAGCAGGCAGGGAGAAGGUGCCACGGGGGGGGGGGGGGGGGCGCCCUGUGUCAGCAGCAGCACGAGCCUCGAGUUGGCAUGUGAACCAGACGAGGACGGUGCAGCCGUCCCAGAGGGGGAGUCGGGACGAGCUGGAGCAGCGCCAGCUCCUGGAGAGGAGAACCCGCGCGGGAGGCGGUUCCUGGAAGUUCAGACAUUCGACGCCGUCCUUGCAAAUAUAUUGGAAUUUAUUUUCCUGGAUCGAAACAAGCCAAACUCCACGUGCGAGAAACAAAAAGGAAAAACAGCCAGAAGAACCCUCACAAAGAAGAGGAACGAGGAGGGGUUCGGGACAGGCUGCCGGGACAGAGCACCGCCCCAGGCACUCGGGUGCAGCAAGCAGGCGGGGACCCCGGACGUGCAGCCCAGGCCUGGCCCAAGAGCGCCGCGCGUGAGGACGGUGGCAGUGGGGAGUGGGUGGGCUCGUCGCCGUGUGUGCACGCUGUGAGCCACGUGAGGAGAACUAAAUGGGACCCAUACGUUCAACUGCAUGCCAGACAGAUUCCAAAUGCACCGAAGAGCUAAGUAUAUAAAAAAAUUGAGUGAAUUUCCUUGGAACUAAGGAGUGGG